AUGGCGAUCAGCAACAGCAGCAGCAGCAGCAGUGGACGUACUAUCGCUAAUGAUUCCCGUACAUCUUUCUCCGUUCUCUUCUAUGCAAAUCUUUCAGCACAACUGAGAAUACGAGGCCUAGGGAGGAGGUGGAAGCAUCUCAGGACUGCUGCCGUCUGUAGAAACUUGAGCGAACCAUUUCUGUUAAUGUUCAGCGCCGAUACAGGAUCAUCAGUCAACGGCGCCGAUGCAGGAAACGAGCACGCGUUGACUGAAGAUUGGUAUCAGUCAACGGAGCACGUGGCGAAUGACAGUUCGAAUGUCAUAAUGAAAGUGACAAAUAUCAGCGUUACUCAAUAAUUAAUCUCAUGAUUAUAAUAAAAUGAGUGAACGCAUGUAUUUAAAAAUAUGUCUACAAUAGUUUACAAUUUUAUUUAGUGGUGGCCAUGAUUCUUAAAUGGGCAAGCAUACUGGAAUUGUUUUUUUCUUUUCGAAAUUGUACUGAUCUAUCUUUUAGUAUUUAAUUUCGGUUAGGGAUUUGCGAGGGGUAGUCGACGUACAGGGUCGUUAGUGAAAUGUUAUAAUUAAUGAUUAUUACUUAUGUAUACUAUGUGCGUUCUACAAAUAAUUCGCACUUUUCAAUACAGAUUAUUUCCAAUU